CGGAGGAGGCGCGUCUCUCUGUGCUCUAUGGGCUGAUCUGUUCCUGCAUCCUGGUACCUCGGAGCCUCCAUCCUGCUCGUCAAGUGCCCGGACUAAAAACAGGAAGGAUACACAAAAUGAUGUAGAAGUUGGGAUCCCGUCAGUCAAAUCUAGAAGCCAGCAAGAACUAUUAAAGGUUGAGUAUGAGCACAGCUGAAGAAGAGUCUGGAACAGUGAAAGUACAAGCCACCAGGAACGCUCUAACACUCACACAGGACCUUGAUGGAAACUUAAUCCUCCAUUGUCCUCAAAAUGUAUCUGAACAUGACCAGAGCUUUGAGGUGACAAUGACUGCCACCACAGAAGUGGCAGAUGAUGAUAUUAAUGAAGAAUCCGUAACUCAGAUUCAGAUCCUCCAAAAUGAGCAACUUGGUGACCUCUCUCCUGGAGGCAAUGAUGAGGUGUCUACAGUAAGCCGUGCCUGGUUCACUAGCAAAGAAGACAAAGAUUCUCUCACCAACAAAGGUCACAGAUGGAAGCAGGGCAUGUGGUCUAAAGAGGAAAUUGCCAUCCUAAUGAGCAACAUUGACCGUUACUUAAAGGCCCAUGGCAUUAAAGAUGCAACUGAAAUCAUUUUUGAGAUGUCGAAAGAUGAAAGGAAAGACUUCUAUAGGACGAUAGCAUGGGGUUUAAAUCGUCCACUCUUUGCUGUAUACAGAAGAGUCCUUCGCAUGUAUGAUGACAGGAACCAUGUGGGAAAAUACACACGUACUGAGAUUGAAAGACUUAGAGAGUUACGUGUGAAGCAUGGGAAUGAUUGGGCUACAAUAGGAGCUGCUCUGGGCCGCAGUGCCUCAUCCGUGAAAGAUCGCUGUCGACUAAUGAAAGAGACAUGUAAAACAGGGAAGUGGACUGAUGAAGAAGAGCGACGGUUAACAGAUGUUGUCCAUGAACUAACUGGUACAGAAGCCGGUGAUAUAGUGACACAAGGAGUCUCCUGGGCUUCAGUGGCAGAACGAGUAGGAACACGCUCAGAAAAACAAUGUCGUUCCAAGUGGUUAAACUAUUUGAAUUGGAAGCAGAGUGGUGGAACACAAUGGACCAAAGAAGAUGAAAUCAAUUUAAUUUUGAGAAUAACAGAGCUUGGCGUGUUGGAUGAAAAUGACAUUAACUGGGAUAUAUUGGCAGAAGGUUGGAGCAGUGUCCGCUCACCUCAGUGGCUGAGAAGUAAAUGGUGGACUGUCAAGAGGCAAAUUGCAAACCACAAAGACGUUUCCUUUCCUGUGUUAAUUAAAGGUCUGCGGCAGUUACAUGAAAACCAGGCUACUCUCCUGGGUACUCAGGAGCUGGAGAACAAAACGGACAUCCAGUCCCAGAGCAGUAACUCCAGUGUGCAGCACGUUCAGAUAAGAGUAGCUCACUUGGAGGACAGCCCAGGCCUUCCUCAGAGUUCAUUGGCAGCAUUGCAGAUCCCUGUACAGAUAACUCAUCUUUCUUCAUCAGACUCCUCCUCUCCCAGUGCUGACCCAGAAACACUUUCAGGUGGAACACUACAGACAUUUGAGAUCCUGCCGUCUUUCUACUUACAGCCAAGUGGCACCACAGGCACCUUUAUCCUGCAGACGGGUUCUAGCCAAAGUCUUCCAUUAACACUGACCUCAAGCCCAGGUGUGACCCUGACAUCAAACACUUCCCCAGCAUCACCGGAGCAGAUUAUUGUGCACGCCUUAUCUCCCGAGCACCUACUCAAUACAAGUGACAGUGUCACAGUCCACUGCCAUACACCUGGUAUUAUUAUUCGCACACUUGCUUCUGAUGAAAUAUCUACACCACUUUGUCAGACUGAGGUUUCUAUUGAUUCGGACUUGCAGCAAAAUCCUCAGAGCUCUCUGGACACAGACUCUCUGCCCCAGGAGACCCAGCACACUGACAUAACCCUCAGACAUGACUCUUUGUAUUGCACUGAGCAAUCCUUAAAGAUGAGGGUCAGGAGCAACACGAAACUACUGCACCAUCCUGUACCGAGUGACGAAGGUAUCGCAAGUGCACACAUAAAGACAGAUGACUGUCACAUUGACUUGGUGGAAAGCUAUGUGAAAGAAGAUCUCCGACCCUCGGAUCUAGAAGAACAAGCUGACCAGCCUGCUUUGGGAGGAACAGUGCUUAUUGUCCCAUCAUGCCAUGGUUACAUACAGACUGAUGAUAUUGAUGGAGAGUCUGUGCUUCCUCUUACAACAUUUGCAGAUCCCAUUUUACAGCACCACAGGGAUAGAUCCCACCAUAUUGACUCAUCGAUAGAAGGACCAGACUCUGACGACUUAAAAGAUGCUGAAGAUUUAUAAAAUUGUAACUAAAUAUGCAUUCCUAGCCUUCUGUUUAACCUUGCUGCACUCAUUCCACUCUUCAUUCCAGUUGUUACAGUUUGUUAAAGGUCAGCAAAAUCAGUUUGUUUUUUACUUAAACCAAUGCAAAAUAUGCACUACUAGCCAAUGUUACAGACUUGUAUUUCUUGCUCUGUUUGCCAGCACUGCUGCAGGGUCAAUUGUCCUCACACAAGACAAUAAAUUAGUAUUGUCCCUCCCUCCUUGAA